CCUCUGCCAUAGAUGCAGUUAUGACUCUGCCUCCUGAAGAUAAGCACAAAGUGGUGGAGGACGAUGCUCAGCAUUUCGCUCACGAGCAUCCCCUCUCCGCUUUCUGUUUGACAACACAGAGCUCAUCUAUCUGCAGAGCGUGCAGGCAGCACAUGGCCGGUAGUGUUUACGGUUGUCGCCAAUGCAUGUUCUUGCUUCAUGAAUCGUGUGCUAAAUUACCCAGGAAGAUGCACCACCCAUUUCACCACCAGCACCCUCUCACUCUUGUUGCCGAUUUUGCUGUUGAUUUUGGAGACUGUUACGACUGCAGAGUAUGCAGUCAUAGAUCCCGCUUUAUGUAUCGCUGCGACGAGUGCCGGCUCAACCAUUGCAUAAAGUGCAUAGUUUCGACUCUGCCUCCUGAAGGUCAAGAAAUGGAGGACAGUACACAACUAGAAUUUUUUUUCCACAAGCACAAGCUGAGACCUUUGUGGGUGGAAAUGGAGAACAGCAUCCUCUGCCAAGUUUGUCAGUUGAAGAUAUCUGGCGAGGUUUAUUGUUGCUUCGAUUGCAUUUUCUUCCUCCACAAGGCAUGCUCGGUGGAUCUACCCCAAGAGGUGAAACACUAUCUCCACAAGGAACACCCCCUCAUCCUGCGAGCAGCUGCUCCAUACAAUGAAGGGAUAUUCCAGUGCACAAGCUGUACGUCGGGUUACAACGGCAUGACAUUCAACUGUGAGAGCUGUAAGUUCGACCUCGACCCACAAUGUGCACUUCAAACUCUUUCCGCUGUUACAGGAGGGGCGCUCCGGAAAUUAGACAUUUUUCCCAUCCCCACCCUCUGACACUCGUUACUCUAA